AAAAUUACUAUUUUUAUACUAGAUUGUAACUAGAUUAUACACAAAAAGUAUACAAUUGCAGAGUAUCAAUAGGUCGAGAUCUUUAUUGUUGAUAAUGUUCAGGAUCUAAAGCCAUUGCACUUGCAAUGAACGAAUUUGUUUCGUGAUAGACCUAGGUCUAGAUCUAUAUAAUAUAAAUAAUAAUGAAUACAUGGACUGAUAGUGAUAAUUGUUUAUUAUUUCAAAUAUUUGUAAAUUUUUUAUUAAUUCAUUAACUAGCCUCAUUUAGUCUUUACAUAUUCAUUAAAUAUCAGUUAGAUCUUAAUAUAGAUGAGAUCUAGAAUCGACACGAUAUAAUUUACACUGCUGAUUUUAGUAACCAGUGUCAAUUUUGUAGUGAGACAUACAUAAGGAGUGAAGAAAAAUGUCUGACAUUAUAUCAACUGUGUUUUGCUUUGAAAAUGCUUGCAUUGAGCUGGCUAUGGAUCCACCACAGUACAUAUCAAAUAUGUUAGAGAAGGAAAAAGAAAAUAAUGUUCUCCGUCAGUCAAGAAAUGAGGAGUUUCAGGAAUCCAUGCAUCUUUACCUUGCUGGUAAUCACCCACAGCUGACUACAGAGAGAAUCACAGAUGAAGAUUGCCUGGUCCUUUACAAAACCCUUGAAACAAAUAGAUAUGUUCGAAGCAUUGAUUUGCGCUAUAAUUUAAUCACAGAUAAAGGAGCAACUGUGCUUGGCAGACUUUUAGAGGUGAAUAAGUUCAUUGAAGAGCUCAAUCUAAUGUGCAAUAACUUUGGAAGUGAGGGAGCAGCCGCAUUAGCAAAAGCUUUGCUUACUAACACAACAGUGAAAGUUCUCAGACUUAAUGGUAACAAGAUUGGCAACAACGGAGGGAUGUGUUUUGCACAAGCCUUACAAGUGAACACCACAUUAGAGAAUCUGGACAUUGGUGAUGCUGAUCUGACAAUUGAGUGUCUUAUAGCUCUUGCAACAGUAUUACGAGAAAAUAAGACAUUGAAAGCCUUAAAUGUAAACAGACCAAUAUUGUGGACAGUUCAAGAGGAGCCAACAGAUCAUUUUACAAGAAUGAUAAAGGUUAAUAAAGGUCUGAGAGAGCUCCACAUGCAGAAGUACAACAUGAGAGACUUUGGUGCCAGUCGACUGGCUGAGAAUUUAGUGUUUAACACAACAUUGACCUAUUUAGACUUAAGUUGUAACAGAAUCACCCGCGAUGGAGUGAAAGAACUUGCCAAAGUCUUAAAACUGAACACACCAUUGAAAAUUCUAGAUCUGGGCUUCAACAGGCUGGAAGAUGAUGGAGCAAUGCACCUUGCUGAUGCCAUUGGAACAUAUAACACAACCCUUGAGUGCCUGAACAUUGUCUCCAAUAAGAUUGGACCUAAAGGACUAUGCAGCAUAGCUGAUGCUCUUAAUUUUAACUCAACCCUAACAUCCCUCUUUAUUUGGGGCAAUAUAUUUGAUGAUUCAGUUUGUAUGGCCUUUGCUGAGCACUUACACAGUGAACGGCUUCAAGAGCACAACUGUGACAUCCGUACUUACGUUGUUGAUGGCAAAGUUUACCUCAGUCAAACUGGCUACAUCCUGAGGCGACACUACUACUAUGCUCCGAUAUUUGGGGAUGAUGUACCAGAGUGGCAGAUCAGGGGAGAGCACCCAAGGAGGGCAGAUCACUCUGUUUUAAUAAUUAACCAGGAAGAAGAAUGCAAAUAACAACUUUUAUGUUUGAUAUAAAUGAUAGUUGCUUUUUUACACAUUAGAAUUUGUUAAUGUUACUAUCCAUUUGGUAAUAAACAUACAAAUGUACAGCUUAUAUUGUAUUAUGAAAAGAAUCAGUCGUUUCAUCUAUUUUAUGAGACUUCAGUCCUGUAUCAUUCUGUAAGUUUAAAAUUUGUAAAGGUCUUUACUAAAAUAUAUGGUUUAGUUUAUAGAAAAUAUUUUCUCUCUAAACAAUAAUAAUUGCUUUUAAUGUCUAUAAUUAAUUAAUUUUAGCCAAACAAUAUUCAGGUGUAUAGUUGAAACAAUAAUUAAUUUUUUUUUUAUUUGCCAAAAUAUAUAGGAAAUUAUUUUUAUACUCAUGUCUUUUUUUUAAUACUUUUGUCACUAUAAUAUUUUGUUCUCUGGUUUUGACCUUCACUCAUUUUCAUUUGAUCAUAUAUAUUUGUUUGAUGAAAGAAACAUGCUUGAUACAGUUUAUUGUACAUUAUCAUAAUUUUUAUUCUUUAACACUUCUGUUUCAAUGAUUUUGGUAUUAAAGAAAUGUGAAGUAGAGAUAACUAAAAUAUGCAAAUAUUUUUCUUAAUUAGAAGAAGUAAAUACUCUUUGUUCAAGAAAAGAAGGAAAAAAAAAACAUCAAAUGAGAACAAGGAGAUGGGUAAAGGAUUCUUUUCUUGAUGCAUCAUAGAUUUAAACAUCAUAAAUGAGGACUAACUAAAACUAACUAGAAAUCACAAAAAAUGAAAAUAAAUAAAUAAAUUGUAAUUUACUCACACUGA